CCGGGAGACGCACAGGGCGCCGGCGUCGCCGCGAGGCCUCUAGGGUGGGUUCGCCAGGAGGGCUGGUUCGCGCCGCGCCGCAGAGGGAGGCUGAGCAGGCCGGGCCGGGCGGCGGGUACACUGCGGUGCAGCCCUGCGCUCAGGAACGCGGAAUGUUGCCCUGGUCGCCGCCACGGUGGGGCGCGGGCCCGGAGGAGGCGCCCGAGGGACCAGGCCUUGCGGCGGGCAAGGACCAGGGCCAGCCCUGGAGCUCCGGAGCGGACGCCCCCAGGGAUCUGGGGACAUCCCCAUGGGACAGGCCACGGCCCCCAUCCCGUAGCCCUUCCUGGACCUGGAGAGAGCAACUGCCGCUGCGCCACCACCCACCAGGCCCAGCCACUGAGCAACCCCCCGGAGCCCCAGCUCCCUGUUCCCCCCAGGUGGCCUGGGAGGUGGACCCCUCGAGGAUGACUCCACUAGCGCCCUGGGACCCCAAGUACGAAGCGAAAGCGGGCCCUCAGCCGGUGUGGGGUGCCAACUGUAGCUCAGGAACCUCGUUCUCAGGCCGGACGUUGUGUCACCCCUCGUUCUGGCCGCUGUAUGAGGCAGCCUCGGGCAGGGGUCUCAGACCUGUGGCCCCUGCCACAGGGCAUUGGAAUGGACAGCAGGCGCACUCAGAUGCAGGGUUCCCAGUGAUGUGCUGUGAAGAUGUCUUCCUCUCGGACCCUCUGCUGCCCCGGGGGCAGCGUGUCCCCCUGUACCUGUCCAAGGCCCCCCAGCAGGUGAUGGGCUCCCUGAAACUGCUGCCGCCGCCCCCCAUUAUGUCUGCCUGGGUCCUCCCCCGCCUGUCACCCUCCCGGGGCCCCUCCACCGCCUGGCUCAGUGGGCCGGAGCUGAUCGCUCUCACUGGCCUACUGCAGAUGAGCCAGGGGGAACCCAGGCCCAGCUCCUCUGUGGCUGCCACACCCCCUGCUGGCCCCCCAGACCCUACCUCUGACCCACCAAGCCCCUGUGGUAGCCCCAGCGGUUCUCAGGGUGCUGACCUCUCUCUCCCACAGACCCCGGACACCCAUUGUCCAUAGCCUUCUCGGGGCAGAGUGGGCUGGUUGUGUUGACAAUAAAGCAGUGUUGGUUUGCAAAA